UGGGACAAUCGCCUGAUGAAUCUGAAUUAUAUACACGACCAGUUGAUGAACCACAAAGUCCGCAAAAUGGCAUAUAUAGUUGAGAAAGCAGAAAGUAUCUACUGGCCCAUACUGAAUGAUAUUUACAACGACAUCAAAGACGGCCUGAGGGAGGCAAGAGAUAUAGUGACCUAUCUAAGACCGCUGCAAAAGAUACUAAAUGACACAGAGAAAAAUGACUACUCAGAGCUAAUAACCAGCAUCAAAGCUAUGAUGCACACAGUUUGUCUCACCUGGGCAAACUCUGAAGACUACUGCAGGCCAGCGAGGAUCAUUGUAAUACUCCAGGAAAUCUGUAACUUAUUCAUUGAUAUGACCAGAAACUUCCUCGGUCGUGAGAAGGUGAUGCAGGGUGUUAUGGGGGAGGUUGAUGAGAUUCUGGCAAAUAUCAGAACGUGUAUUCAAACUCUUGCGGCCCUCAAAGAAACCUAUAAACAAUUUAAAGGGAAAAUGGGCACAUACUUCAAGGGUGGAACCACCAAGAACUGGGAUUUUCCAUCUCAUUUGGUGUUCAACCGCCUAGAUGCUUUUCUGGAACGCCUAUGGACCAUUGAAGAAGUCCUCUCUGUGUCAGCGCAGCUACAUAAACUGGAGAAUGUGGCUAUCCAGGGGGUCCAUGGCAAUACUAUGGGAGCUGCGGUUUUUGGUAUCUAUGAGGACUUCCAGGAGUAUAUCAAAACAUUUGCUGAAUGCAAAUAUGAUGUGACUGACACAGAUGACAAGAGCUAUGAGGUGAACUACAAGCAGUUUCAGGUCAAUGUCAUGGAUUUUGAGGAACAACUGGGCACUGUUCUCUGCAAAGCCUUUGAUGACUGUGCUUCUGCUGAAUCUGCAGUGAAGUUGAUGGAGAUGUUCAGUUUUAUCAUGCAUCGACCUAACAUCCAGGCCCGGUUUUCCCCAAAAUACAAGAAGCUGAUAGCAAUGUUCAUUGCAGAGCUGGACUGUGCCAGGUUGAUGUUUGAUACACAGAAGGCAGCUGUUCAGAGAGGGAUGAGUAUACCUUCAAUCGGCAAGAACAUGCCACCCAUCGCAGGUCAAAUUAAAUGGGCUCAUGAGCUAAGAAACAGGAUUCAAAUUUCAGCAAAAAGCUUCAAGGCCAUACACCAGCUCUGUAUGGACGCAGAUGAGGCUAAAUUGUUGCUCCAUAAGUAUGAUGAGAUUAUGGCUUUGCUGCAUCAGUACUGUGAGGAUGUAUACUCUGUCUGGACCUCUCAGGUAGACAAAGACUGCCGGUUUAACUUGGAACACCCACUACUUUUGCGCAGUGAGCAAAACAUCCUCAGUGUAAAUUUCAGCAAGAAGCUGGUGGCAGUGCUCAGAGAGGUAAAGUACCUGACCAUUCAAGGCCAGGAGAACAUCCCUCUCAGUGCAGCUGAUGUCUUUGCUCAGAACAGCAUCCUAAGGAAAUAUGUCUGCAAUCUCGACCUACUUGUGUCAUGGUACAAUCAGAUUCGGGCUGUAGUUCUCCCUGUUGAAUUGCCUCUGAUUCACGAAGAGCUGAAAAGCAUUGAUAUUCAGCUAGCCCAGGCUGAGAGUAUUCUGAGGUGGAGCAGGGAUGGUGUGUGGGAGUAUAUUCAGCACAUGAGGGACAUACUGCAUGAUUUUCAUAGAAGAAUCAACCAGGCCAAGGUCAAUUUAGAGACCAUGGACAACAUUAUAAAGGAGUGGUCUAUUACACCCAUGUUUGAGAGGAAAGACAAUAAGAAGGACUCUCUACUGGACUUGGAAGGAAGACCGGCAGUGGUUGAAAAGAAGUACACUGCUAUUCAAGAGUCAGGGAGGAAACUGCACAAGUUGAUAGAGGAGAACAAAAUACUGUUUAAAGCAGCUGAAACUGCAGAAUCAUGGAUCAGAUAUGUUGAUUAUAUUGAUGACAAAGUGGUGGAUGGACUCUGUGAUGUUGUCCAUGUGUCACUUCAGUUCCUGGCCACUAAUAUGCAUGAUAUGCAAGGCAGAGCUCCAUUGUUUGAGGUUCAAUUUGAAUUAGAGAAUAAACUCGCUGUAUUCCGCCCAAGUUUAGACCACAGCUUUCAUGAGAUGGUGCAGAAUCUCAUAACUGAUGUAUACAAAGUAGCACAGUUGGUCCCUCCCAUAUCACUGACCAACAAAAGUAGCUAUCAAUUGGUUCUCGAUAGUAUACCUAAGCUGUCCAAUAUGUAUGAGAAUGUGACAAACCAUGUACAGAAAGCUAUGAAGGAAGCACAGACGUAUGGACAGAGUAUGUAUAGUUACUCUUACCUGUGGCAAGAUGACAGGGACGAGUUCAUGGAACAGUUCUUGCGGUAUGGCAAAGUGCUGAGUGCAGAGAUAAUAGAGACCUAUGGAUAUGAGCCUGUCCCUGAAAUCCCACCAACACUUGAAGAAUUCAGAAAGGAGAUAGACAAAUCUGAGAACUUGUAUAAUGAGAUGUGCAACCUCGAGAACUCCGUUUUACUUCAGGGUUGGCUUCAGAUUGAUAUUCGCCCCUUCAAAUACUCGUUGCUUCACAACAUCAAACUCUGGAGCCUUAUGUUCAAACAGCACCUUAUAGACAACAUCUCUAACCGCCUGCAAGACUUAGAGGACUUCAUUAACGAGAUGAAGGUGGGUCUCACCAAAACAGUACAGGAGGGAGACUAUCAGGGUCUGCUGGAGGUUAUGGGCCACCUAAUAAGAGUGAAAGGCAGACAGGCUGUGACAGACUCCAUGUUUGCCUCUCUCAAAGACACUAUUGAAUUCCUCAGAGUCUAUGGAGAGGCGCUGCCUGAUGAGAUUCAUGAAAAGCUACAGGCUCUCCCAGAACACUGGAAUUGUGUUAAAAAGAUUUCCUCCCAAGUCAAACAAAAUGUUGCUCCUCUGCAAAUGUGUGAGGUCAAUGUCGUCCAUCAGAAAUGUCAACAGUUUGAGAUCAAACAGGAUGAGUUUAGAAAAAGGUUUAGACAUCAGCCUUUCUUUUUCUUUCCUUGUGAAAAUCCACUCAUGUCUCUUGAUGAGGCUCAAACUGACAUUGUAGUGCUGGAGCAAGAGAUGGCUGCACUGACUGAGUCUGCCAGUCUGUUCGAGGUCAAUGUUCCAGACUGUAAACAACUAAAAGCUUGUCGUAAAGAGGUUGUACUGCUUAAAGAGCUUUGGGACACAAUCCUUCAGAUCAAAGGGAACAUUGACAAUUGGAAGACCACCUUGUGGACGGACAUCAAUGUGGAUGAUAUGGACAUAGACAUAAAGAAAUACUUAAGGGAUAUCAAGGGGCUGGACAAGGAAAUGAGGGCAUGGGAUGCCUUCACUGGACUGGACAGCAUGGUGAGCAACAUGAUGAUUUCGUUGCAAGCUGUGGGAUGCCUGAAGAACUCAGCUAUCAGACAGCGGCACUGGCUGCAGCUCAUGAUGGCCACAAAGGUGAAUUUUGAGAUGUCUGAAAACACAACAUUUGAGGAUUUGCUGAAACUGAACUUGCAUAAGUUUGAGGAAGAAGUACGUGAUAUUGUGCUCAAAGCUGUCAAGGAGUCUGAGAUGGAAAGGGCUCUGGCCAAGCUGGACAGUACAUGGGGUAGCAUGGCAUUUGAGCAUGAACCCCAUGAGCGUACAGGUACCAUGCUGCUGAUACCAAACAAGGAGCUGGUUGAGACACUGGAGGACAGCCAAGUGCAGCUGCAGACCAUGGUGGCGUCCAAGUACAUUUCCCAUAUUGUUGAACAAGCUUCAGGCUGGCAGGAGAAACUCUCCAUGGUAGACUCCGUCAUCUCCAUCUGGUUUGCUGUACAACACACCUGGACCCUCCUUGAGAGCAUCUUCACUGAUUCAGAGGACAUCCAUUCACAGCUGCCUGAGGCCUCAAAGUGCUUUGAUGACAUUGACAAGGAUUUUAAGGGAAUAAUGACAGAGGCAUUAAAAAUAACCAAUGUGGUUGAACUUACAAACAAGAAGGGUCUACUUGAAAAGCUGAAAAGUUUGGAAGCAAGGCUGGAUAUGUGUGAGAAUGCUUUGGCUGGGUAUCUGGAAAACAAGCGAACGGUCUUCCCCAGAUUCUACUUUGUUUCCUCUGCUGACCUUCUAGACAUUCUAUCCAAUGGAAACAAUCCUGUGGUGGUCAGCAAACACCUACCCAAGUUGUUUGACAGCUUAGCUAACCUCAAGUUCAUUAUGGAUGAAAAUGGUAAACCCACAAAUACAGCUUUGGGUAUGUUCAGUAGUGAAAAGGAGUAUAUGAACUUUAAAGAGAACUGCAGCUGCUCAGGACAGGUGGAACAAUGGCUGAACGCAGUCCUUAAGCAAAUGUGUGCCACAGUGAGGACACAUUUUGAAGAGGCUGUCAUAGCCUAUGAGGAAAAGCCCAGAGAACAGUGGCUGUUUGACUACCCAGCACAGAUUGCCCUAGUAACUACUCAGAUCUGGUGUACCACCGAAGUUGGAAUUGCUUUUCGUAGACUUGAGGAGGGGUAUGAAAAUGCAAUCAAGGUCUAUUUUGAUGAACAGGUUUUCCGGUUCAAUGCACUUGUCAAAUUGCUGAAUGGAGAACUCACCAAAGGAGAGCGCCAGAAGCUCAUGACUAUCUGUACCCUUGAUGUCCAUGCUCGAGACGUAGUGGCCAAACUCAUUUCUGAAAAGAUUAAUAAUGGCCAGGCAUUCAUGUGGCAAUCACAGCUGAGACACAGAUGGGAUGAUGGCACAAAACACUGCUUUGCAAAUAUCUGCGAUGCUCAAUUCAGAUACUCCUAUGAGUACUUGGGCAACACCCCGCGUUUGGUUGUCACACCUCUCACUGAAAGGUGUUAUAUCACACUGUCACAGUCACUCCAUCACGUCAUGGGUGGAGCCAUGAGUGGGCCUGCCGGUACUGGGAAGACAGAGACAGUCAAGGAUCUUGGUAAAGCCCUUGGCAUAAUGGUCUAUGCAUUCAGCUGUUCUGAGCAGAUGGACAGCAAGUAUUUUGGAAACGUCUGUAAAGGUUUAGCUCAGACUGGGACCUGGGGCUGCUUUGACCAGUUUGAGCGCAUCUCUGCUGGAGUGUUGUCAGUUAUUGCUGUGCAGGUGAAGAGCAUUCAGGAUGGUAUCAGAGAAAAAAAGGCAAUUUUUACCUUUCUGGGUGAGAUGAUGAAGCUAAUACCUUCGGUGGGUGCUUUUAUCACAAUGAACCCUGGCUACACUGGACGAGCUGAAUUGCCUGAGAAUCUCAAAGCUCUUUUCAGACCAUGUGCUAUGGUGGUACCAGACAGUGGGUUGAUUUGUGAGAUUAUGUUGCUGGGAGAGGGCUUCACUGGUGUUCGGGUCCUGGCCAGGAAGUUCAUUACCCUUUACACAAUGUGUAAAGAAUUGCUCUCCAAACGGGGCCAUUAUGAUUGGGGUUUGCGAGCUAUCAAGUCUGUUUUAGUGGUGGCAGGUUCUUUAAAGAGAAAAGAUCAUAGUCAACCAGAAAAUCAGGUUCUAAUGAGAGCUCUUAGAGACUUCAACACCCCGAAGAUGGUCCUGGAUGACAUGCCUGUAUUCAUGGGAUUGAUAGGAGACCUCUUCCCUGCCCCGGAUGUCCCCAAGAUGAGAGACAUGGAGUUUGAAGCGGUUGUGAAGCAGUCAGUCGUAGACCUGAAACUGCAGGCAGAGGAGAGCUUUAUCUUGAAGGUGGUUCAGCUUGAGGAGUUGCUGGCCAUUCGACACUCUGUCUUCAUCAUUGGUGAUGCUGGCACUGGCAAGUCAAAGGUCUUAAAGUCACUAAGUAAAACCUACCAGAACAUGAAGAGGGAGCCAGUGGUGGUGGAUCUUGACCCCAAGGCUGUGACCUGUGAUGAGCUAUUUGGUAUCUUCAACCCUGACACCAAGGAGUGGAAGGAUGGGCUAUUCUCUUGUCUGAUGAGGGACCUGGCAAAAAUAAGCAAUGAUAGUCCUAAGUGGAUCAUAUUGGAUGGAGAUAUUGACCCCAUGUGGACUGAAUCCCUCAAUUCUGUCAUGGAUGAUAAUAAGGUGUUGACCUUGGCCAAUAGUGAGCGAAUACCUCUUAACCCCACCAUGCGACUGGUGUUUGAGACUAAAGACUUGAUGGUGGCCACCCCAGCCACGGUUUCGCGGGCUGGUAUUUUGAUCAUCAGCCCUACUGAUCUUGGCUGGAACCCGGUGGUGACAAGUUGGAUUGAAAAGCGAGAUGUUAAGUCAGAGAAAGCCAACCUUUCCAUCCUGUUUGAGAAGUACCUUCCUGCUUGUCUGGAGAAAGUAAAGUCAAGUUUUAAGAAAAUCACAACCAUCCCCGAAGCAACAUUGAUCCAGACCCUCCUGUAUCUGAUGGAGUGUCUGCUGGUGCCGGAGAACACACCUCCGGAGUCAUCUAAAGAACUCUAUGAGCUCUACUUGGUGUUUGCCUGUGUCUGGGUCUUUGGGGGAGCAAUGUUUCAGGACCAGUUGACAGAUUACCGUUUGGAGUUCAGCAAUUGGUGGGUGAAUAAGUUCAAGGCCGUAAGGUUUCCAUCAAGUGGGACUGUAUUUGACUUCUACAUUGAUACUGUGACCAAGAAAUUUCUUCCCUGGACAGAAAAAGUGCCAAAAUUUGUGCUUGACCCAGACCUUCCGCUACAGGAUUUUGUAGUGCAUACAGCUGAAACUAUUCGGAUCCACUACUUCAUGGAUAUGCUAAUAGAUCAUAAGCGGCCAGUUAUGUUGGUUGGCAGUGCAGGCACCGGGAAGACAAUGCUAAUGGGAGAUAAAUUGAGGAGCCUCAAUACUGACCAAUACUUGGUUCAGUUAGUCCAAUUCAACUUCAGCACUACUACUGCAAUGCUACAAGCCAUUUUGGAGAAACCCCUUGAGAGGAAGCCUGGUAGAAAAUAUGGUCCACCAGGAAACAAGAAAUUAGUUUACUUCAUUGAUGACCUUAACACGCCAGAGAUGGACAAGUACUUCACUGUGGCGCCACAUGCACUCAUUCGCCAGCAUUUGGAUCAUGGGCACUGGUAUGACAGAACCAAACUCUCUGUGAAAGACAUUCAAAACUGCCAGUAUGUGGCCUGCAUGAACCCCUCAGCGGGCAGCUUCACUGUUGAUCCUCGACUUCAGAGACACUUUGCAGUGUUUACCGUGUGUUUUCCUGGCCACGAUGCCCUUCACAGCAUCUAUAACUCCAUCCUCUCCCAACAUUUGGAAAUCAACAGAUUUGUCCCGGCUGUUAAAAAGUUUUCCUCCAUACUUGUCAACUCUGCACUCAUCUUCCAUCAGAAGAUAUCCACCACGUUCUUUCCCACAGUGGUGAAGUUUCAUUAUGUCUACAACCUCAGAGAUUUAUCUAAAAUAUUCCAAGGCCUUCUGUUGUCAGUACCAGAUUGCGCAAAAUCUCCUGCAAAUCUGGUGCGUCUCUGGCUUCAUGAAUGUGACCGUGUCUAUGGAGACAAAUUGGUCGAUGAAGUGGACAUGGAGAAUUUCUCAAAUAUCCGGCGAGAAAUCUGCAACAAGUGCUUUGGGGAUUUGGAUCAUGGGUACCUGUUGAAGAAGCCCAACAUCUACUGUCAUUUCUCCCAAGGCAUUGGAGAGACCAAAUACCUCCCUGUUGAAAACUGGGGAGCUCUUAAUAAGCUGUUAUUAGAAGCCCUUGAUGCUUACAAUAAAGUAAAUGCUGCCAUGAACUUGGUGUUAUUCGAAGAUGCCAUGUCACAUAUCUGUCGCAUAAACCGUAUCCUGGAGUCUCCAUAUGGUAACGCCCUCCUCAUGGGGGUGAGUGGAACUGGCAAGCAGUCCCUCUCUUGUCUCGCUGCCACAAUCUCCAACCUAGAGGUGUUCCAGAUUCCACUGAGAAAAAACUACGGUGUACCAGAUCUUAAGUUGGACCUGGCAGCCCAGUGUAUGAAGGCUGGUUUGAGGAACAUAGGCUCAGUCUUCCUAAUGGCAGACUCUCAGGUGGUUGAGGAGGGGUUCUUGGCACCAAUUAAUGAUUUGCUGGCAUCAGGGGAGAUUUCAGACCUGUUCAAGGAUGAUGAGGUGAAGAAUAUUAUGGGAGCCAUGAGGAAGGAGGUCAAACAGUUUGGUCUGCUUGAUUCAAGGGAGAACUGUUGGAAGUUAUUCACUGACAAAGUCAGAAAACAGCUCAAGGUUAUCCUCUGUUUCUCUCCUGUGGGUUCCACAUUGAGGGUGAGGACCCACAAAUUCCCUGCUCUGGUCAACUGCACUUCCAUUGACUGGUUCCAUGAGUGGCCAGAAGAGGCACUAGUCUCUGUCAGCAAACACUUCCUCAGUGAAACAAAGGGCAUCACGCCAGUGAUGAAGGACUCUCUCAGCCAGUUUAUGGCCUUUGUUCAUAAAACAGUGAAUGAAAUGUCGAAGUCCUACUUGUUGUCUGACGGACGCUAUAACUAUGCAACACUCAAAACCUUUUUGAAGCACAUCAAACUUUAUCAGAAGCUGCUGGCUGUCAAAAGGAUUCAGCUGCUUUCUAAGAUUGAGCAUCUGGAGAAUGGACUCACAAAUCUGAGGAGCACCUCUGAACAGGUAAAUGAUAUAAAAGAUACACAGGCAGCUCAAAAAGAGGAAUUACGGCAGAAGAAUGAGGAUGCUGACAAACUUAUUGAGGUCAUUGGCGUGGAAACUGAAAAGGUCUCCAAGGAGCAGGUCAUUGCCAAUAAGGAGGAGCUCAAAGUACAAGUCAUCACCAAGAACGUGUUAGAAAAACAACUAUCCUAUGAGGAAAACUUGGACAAAGCAGAGCAAUUCUGGCUUGCUGCUCAGGAAGCUGUGAAAACUCUAAACAAGAACAAUGUGACAGAGUUGAAGUCCUUGGCCUCUCCCCCAGAGCCUGUUGUUAAUGUAAUGGCUGCUGUGAUGAUCCUACUGGCACCCUCAGGAAAGAUCCCUAAAGACAAGAGCUGGAGGGCUACCAAGAACAUGAUGGCUAAAGUAGAUGUCUUUUUGGAUAGCCUCAAUAACUACAAAAAGGAGAAGAUCCCUGAAUCCUGUAUCAAGAAUGUCCAACCAUUUAAAGACAACCCAACAUUUGAGCCACACUCUAUCUACUCCAAGUCCAUUGCAGCUUCUAGCUUGUGCUCAUGGUGUCUCAACAUUGUGAAGUUCUACGAGCUAUACUCUCAUGCAGAGUGCCAAAGACAGGCCUUCUCUCAGGCCAACACUGAGCUGACUGCUGCUCAGGGAAGACUCUCUGUUAUAACAGCCAGGAUAAAACAACUGAAUGCAAACUUGGCCAAACUGACAUCUGGGCUAGUGAGAGCAACAGCCAGAAAACUGAGGUGUCAGCAAGAGGCAGAUGUCGCCAGUCAGACUCUCUCCUUGGCCAGCAGGCUGUUAGAGGCUUUAGCCUCUGAAAGUGUGCGCUGGUUUGAGGCCACAGCCCAGCUGAAGAUUCAGAAGGAGACCCUGGCUGUGGACGCAGUGCUCACUUCAGCCUUUGUAUGCUAUAUGGGCUACUUCACCAAGAAGUAUCGCACUGAACUGAUGGACAAAUACUGGUUGCCUUACCUCAAAGAGCUCAAGGUUCCUCAACCAAUAACAGAGUGGCUCGAUCCCCUGAUGUUGCUGACUGAUGAUGCUGAAAUUGCUACCUGGAGUAACCAGGGUUUGCCCAGCGACCGCAUGUCCAUAGAGAAUGCUGCUAUCCUCUGCAACACAAAUUGCUGGCCACUGAUUGUAGAUUCCCAACUGCAAGGAAUCAAAUGGCUCAAAAACAAAUAUGAAGACAACCUUAAAGUCAUCCACCUGGGACAGAAGGGGUAUCUGGAAAGCAUAGAGAAUGCCAUUACCAAUGGAGACACGCUGCUCAUAGAGAACAUCAGUGGUGAGGCAGUAGAACCAGUUUUGAAACCCCUACUGGAGAGAAACACCGUCAAAAAGAAGGGAAGAUACAUUCAGAUAGAUGAUAAGGAGAUUGAAUUCCACCCUAACUUCCAUUUGAUCCUACACACCAAAUGUUUCAACCCCCACUACAAGCCAGAGAUACAGGCCCAGUGCACACUUAUAAACUUCCUGGUAACACGUGAACGCCUGGAGGACCAGCUGCUGGCCACUGUGGUUGCUAAGGAACAACCAGAUCUGGAAGAGCGUAAGGUAGAGCUAACAAUGCAACAGAACAACUUUAAAAUUGUUCUAAAACAGCUGGAGGAGUCUCUGCUGGUACAUCUGGCUGCUGUCUCAGGGAACCUUCUGGGAGACGAGGCCGUGGUGGAGAACCUGGAGACUACUAAGUACACUGUCACAGAGAUUGAAGAGAAGAUACAAGAUGCUAAAAUAACUGAGACUAGGAUCAAUGAGGCUCGAGAGAGUUACAGACCAGUAGCUGUCCAAGCUGCCCGACUCUACUUCCUCCUCAAUGACCUUAAUAAGAUCAACAACAUUUACCAAUACUCCCUCAAGGCUUUCAGCAUUGUUUUUGAAGCAGCUAUCAUGCUUACGGUGCCGGAUGAGAAUGUGAAACAGCGUGUGGACAACCUGAUAGAUGAGAUAACUUAUUCACUGUUCUUGUACACCAAUCGCAGUCUGUUUGGGAGGGACAAACUCAUCUUCAUCACACAAGUGGCUUUUCAGACUUUUUUGUUGAAGAAGGAGAUUAAUCCCACUGAGCUGGACUUUCUUCUUCGCUUUCCUUUCAAAGCUGGCCUCAGCUCUCCUGUGGAUUUCUUAACCAACCAGUGCUGGGGUGGCAUCAAGGCUUUGUCUGAGAUGGAUGGUUUUCAGAACCUGGACAGAGACGUUGAGGGAUCAGCCAUGUGCUGGGAAAAGGUUGUGAAAUCUGAGGCUCCUGAGAGGGACAAAUUCCCUCAGGACUGGAAGAAUAAGAAAGGUCUGCAGAAACUGUGCAUCUUGAGAUGUAUGAGGCCUGACCGAAUGUCCUAUGCAGUCAGGAACUUUGUCGAGGAGAAUCUGGGGACUAAGUACAUAGAAGAAAGGAGUAUUGACUUUGCUGUGUCCUAUGCUGAGAGCAGCUCUACUACCCCUAUCUUCUUCAUCCUUUCCCCUGGGGUGGACCCAUUCAAAGAUGUUGAGGCUCUGGGCAAGAGACUUGGCUUCACAUUUGACAAUGGGAAGUUCCACAAUGUUUCCCUGGGUCAGGACCAGGAAGUGGUGGCUAAGGCCGCUCUGGACCUGGCAGCAAAAGAGGGCCACUGGGUUUUCUUGCAGAACAUCCACCUGCUGCCUUCUUGGCUGAACAGCCUGGAAGUGUGUGUAGAGAAAUACAGCAUUGGGAGCCAUGACGAUUACCGCGUGUUCAUAAGUGCUGAGCCAUCACCUACAACAAAGUCCUAUGUGAUCCCCCAGGGCUUGUUGGAAAAUGCCAUCAAAAUCACUGAUGAACCCCCAACAGGCCUGCGUGCUAAAUUACACAGGGCCUUGUACCUCUUCAACCAGGAUACAUUUGAAAUGAGCUCAAAGGAGAAGGAGUUCAAUGCAAUUCUGUUUGGACUAUGCUAUUUCCAUGCACUGGUAUUGGAGAGGCAAAGGUUUGGAGCUCAGGGCUGGAACAGCUCCUAUUCCUUUAACAAUGAAGAUUUGAUCAUCUCUGUUAAUGUGCUCUACAAAUACUUGGAGGGCAACUCUAAGGUACGAUGGGAAGACUUGCAGUAUCUGUUUGGAGAGAUCACAUAUGGUGGUCAUAUUAGUGAUGACUGGGACAGGAAGCUGUGCCGCACAUAUCUAAAGGAGUACAUCAGACCAGAGAUACUGGAGGGGAAAUUGCAGCUCGCACCUGGGUUUUUUUCCCCACCCAGCUCUGACUACAUGGGCUACCACACACACAUAGAUAAAUUCCUUCCUGCAGAGAGCCCAUAUUUGUAUGGCCUUCAUCCCAACACUGAGAUUGACUCUCUCACUGUCAUCUCUGAGAGGCUUUUCUACACCAUUUUGAAAAUCCAGCCCAAAGAGUUUGAUGCUUCCGUAAGAGAUGGGGGCUCUCACCAAGAGAAAAUAAAGGGCAUACUGGAGGACAUCUUGGAGAAACUGCCUAAAGGUUUCAAUAUGACACAGAUCAUCUCCAAGGUGGAGGAGAGGACACCCUUCAUCACUGUGGCUCUCCAGGAAUGUGAGAGAAUGAACAUCCUCCUCAUGAAGAUGUCAAGCUCUCUCACAAAGCUCAACAUGGAACUUAGGGGAGAGCUAUCCACUUCCACGGAUAUGGAGGAGAUGGCCAAUGCUGUGUUUUUAGAUACUGUGCCUGAAUCUUGGACCAAAGUGGCUUACCCCUCCCUACAGGGGUUGGGGGGUUGGUAUGCAGACCUACUGCUCAGAAUUCAGGAGUUGGAGGCAUGGGUUACAGACUUCCCACUUCCCACUGCAGUGUGGCUGGCUGGCCUUUUCAAUCCCCAGUCCUUUCUCAUGGCCAUCAUGCAGUCCAUGGCACGCAAGAACAAAUGGCCGUUGGACAACAUGAGUCUCUCUGUUGAGGUGACCAAGAAGAAUCGAGAAGACUUGACCAGCCCACCGAGGGAGGGAGCCAUCAUCUAUGGUCUCUUCAUGGAAGGGGCUCGCUGGGACACACAGGCGGGGUUAAUAGCUCCAGCGCGGCUGAAAGAGCUGACACCCAGGAUGCCAGUGAUCUUUGUCAAAGCGGUGCCUGCAGACCGCCUGAAGACCACAGAUGUGUAUGAAUGUCCCGUGUAUAAGACCCGUGAAAGAGGAUCCACUUUCGUUUGGACCUUCAACCUCAAGACCAAAGAGAGUCCCACCAAGUGGGUGCUUGCCGCAGUCUGCCUCCUGCUCAACAAAUAA